ACCACACUCCCUUCGUUAUAAAAUCUCCAUUAUUAAUCGUUCGGACAAAGAAACCAAACCAUCUCUCCGCAACAUUCCACAUCAAGAACAAGAAGAAUAAGAAGAUGCACGAUUUCUGCUUCACUAUCCCGUACGGGAUGCUCCUGAUGGUCGGAGGAUCUAUGGGUUAUUUCAAGAAAGGAAGCAUCGCAUCUCUCGCUGGAGGUGCAGGCACUGGUCUCCUCGUCCUUCUCGCUGGUUUCAUCACCCUCAAGGCUUUCGAGAAGAAGAAGAAGUCUCCUGUCUUCGCUGUCGUUCUCCAGACAGUGAUUUCAGCUGGUCUUACGUUCGUGAUGGGACAACGGUACUUGAAAACUCAGAAGAUCAUGCCGGCUGGUUUGGUUUCUGGGAUCAGUGGUCUCAUGACAUGUUUCUACCUAUACAAGAUCUUAACCGGUGGCAACCACAUACCAAAAACAACAACGAAAGCUGAAUGAUGCUCAUGCACUCUUGUUUUUUCAAUGUAUUCUCCAAUUGUUGAGAUCAAGUAUAUGAAUUUUUGGAUUUAAUAUACUAUGUAUGGUGUACACAAUACUCUUUGUGUUUACGCUUUAGAGAGAUUUUUUUUAUGUUGGUCCUUAGGUGAACAUGUUUAUUCUGCAUCUGAGAUUAUAGUUCCUAAUGUAACCAUCUGAAAUUAUAGUUUCUGAUCGCUUUUAAUAAAUGUAUUUUCUUGGUUUA